GUUGCGUUUGGUUGGAGGCUCUCUCGUCGAAGGGAGUUUCUUGUGAGAUCUGUUCGAUAUCUGCAUGUCGUAGUGAAAGCCAAAACUUAAAUAACUGAAAGAUUUUCAUUUUCAUAAAACAGAAAAUUCAAAAACAAAUACUCGGGAGCACAGAAAAGCGGGAAGCAAAACUUUAUACUAUUGAGCUACUGAAUUCGAGCUCUCUUUCUCUCUUGGCCUUUUAGGGUUUUGUUCUUUUUUCCGAUCACCAUGGAUAUAAGAUUUCCAUUCUCGCCGGCGGAGAUCGCCAAAGUCCGGAUGGUUCAGUUCGGCAUACUCAGUCCCGACGAGAUUAGACAAAUGUCGGUAUUACAGAUUGAGCACAGUGAGACUAUGAUGGGGGGUAAGCCGAAGCCUGCUGGUCUGAGCGACCCCCGGCUUGGUACAAUUGAUAGGAAGAUAAAGUGCGAUACUUGCACAGCGAACAUGGCUGAGUGCCCGGGUCACUUUGGUCACCUCGAGCUUGCCAAGCCAAUGUUCCAUAUCGGGUUUAUGAAGACUGUGCUUAGCAUAAUGCGUUGUGUUUGCUUCAAUUGCUCUAAAAUUCUUGUUGAUGAGGAAGACCACAAGUUUAAGCAAGCUUUGAGAAUUAAGAACCCAAAAAAUAGGCUAAAAAAGAUUUUGGAUGCUUGCAAGAACAAAACAAAAUGUGAAGGUGGUGAUGAAAUUGCUGUCCAAGGUCAAGAAUCUGAAGAACCUGUGAAGAAAAGUCGGGGUGGCUGUGGUGCUCAGCAGCCAAAGUUCUCUAUAGAUGGUAUGAAAAUGAUUGCAGAGUACAAAGCUCAAAGGAAAAAAAGCGAUGACCAGGAACAGCUUCCUGAACCUGUGGAAAGGAAACAAACACUUACUGCAGAAAGGGUUCUUAGUGUUUUGAAGAGGAUAAGUGAUGAGGAUUGUGAACUUUUAGGCUUAGAUCCCAAGUAUGCCCGCCCAGAUUGGAUGAUUCUGCAAGUCCUUCCAAUUCCUCCACCUCCCGUGAGGCCUUCAGUAAUGAUGGAUACAUCCUCGAGGAGUGAGGAUGAUUUAACACAUCAGUUGGCAAUGAUCAUAAGGCAUAAUGAGAACCUGAGGAGACAGGAGAGAAAUGGGUCACCUGCUCAUAUCAUCUCGGAGUUUGCACAGCUGUUGCAGUUCCAUAUUGCCACAUAUUUUGACAAUGAGUUGCCGGGGCUGCCUAGGGCUACACAAAGAUCAGGAAGGCCUAUUAAAUCAAUAUGCAGUAGACUUAAAGCAAAAGAAGGCCGGAUUAGAGGGAACUUGAUGGGGAAACGAGUUGAUUUUUCUGCACGAACAGUUAUUACACCUGACCCUACCAUUAACAUUGAUGAAUUGGGAGUUCCAUGGAGUAUUGCUUUAAAUCUCACAUAUCCAGAGACAGUGACUCCCUACAACAUUGAAAGGUUGAAGGAGCUUGUUGAGUAUGGGCCCCACCCCCCACCUGGUAAAACUGGUGCCAAGUAUAUCAUAAGGGAUGAUGGACAAAGGCUUGAUCUUCGUUACUUGAAGAAAAGUAGUGAUCAUCAUUUGGAGCUAGGAUACAAGGUGGAGCGCCAUUUGAAUGAUGGGGACUUUGUCCUCUUCAAUCGUCAACCUAGUCUGCAUAAAAUGUCUAUUAUGGGGCAUAGAAUCAAGAUCAUGCCUUAUUCGACUUUCCGUCUGAAUUUAUCUGUCACUUCGCCUUACAAUGCUGAUUUCGAUGGUGAUGAAAUGAACAUGCAUGUUCCUCAGUCUUUCGAAACUAGGGCUGAAGUAUUGGAGCUCAUGAUGGUGCCCAAAUGCGUUGUGUCCCCUCAGUCAAAUCGACCUGUAAUGGGAAUAGUUCAGGAUACACUAUUAGGUUGUCGUAAGAUCACAAAGAGGGAUACUUUCAUAGAGAAGGACGUUUUUAUGAACAUCUUGAUGUGGUGGGAGGACUUUGAUGGAAAAGUUCCUGCUCCUGCAAUUUUAAAGCCUCAGCCUCUUUGGACAGGAAAACAAGUUUUUAAUCUUAUUAUUCCAAAGCAGAUAAAUCUUAAUAGAACUUCUUCCUGGCACUCAGAGUCAGAAACUGGACAUAUAACUCCAGGGGAUACUUUUGUUAGAAUAGAAAAGGGAGAACUUCUUUUUGGGACUCUUUGCAAGAAGACACUAGGGACAUCUACAGGAAGUCUUAUACAUGUCAUAUGGGAAGAAGUUGGUCCAGAUGCAGCCCGCAAAUUUCUGGGUCAUACACAGUGGCUUGUUAAUUACUGGCUUCUGCAGAAUGCUUUUAGCAUUGGAAUUGGAGAUACAAUUGCUGAUGCAUCAACCAUGGAAAAAAUUAAUGAAACCAUUACCAAGGCAAAAAAUGAUGUGAAAGAACUUAUCAGGAAAGCCCAAGCAAGGGACCUAGAAGCUGAACCUGGACGAACCAUGAUGGAAUCUUUUGAAAACAAAGUGAAUCAGGUGUUGAAUAGGGCUCGUGAUGAUGCUGGAAGUAGUGCCCAAAAAAGUUUAUCUGAGAGUAACAAUCUUAAGGCUAUGGUUACUGCAGGAUCUAAAGGCAGUUUCAUUAACAUCUCACAGAUGACUGCUUGUGUGGGGCAGCAAAAUGUUGAGGGUAAGCGAAUCCCAUAUGGGUUCAUAGAUCGGACAUUACCCCACUUUACCAAAGAUGACUAUGGGCCAGAAAGUCGUGGCUUCGUAGAGAACUCAUACCUGCGAGGACUGACCCCACAGGAGUUCUUUUUUCAUGCAAUGGGUGGUAGGGAAGGUCUUAUAGAUACUGCAGUGAAGACUUCUGAAACUGGAUACAUCCAGAGGAGACUGGUGAAGGCUAUGGAGGAUAUUAUGGUCAAAUAUGACGGGACUGUAAGGAAUUCAUUAGGGGAUGUCAUUCAAUUUCUUUAUGGGGAAGAUGGAAUGGAUUCUGUUUGGAUAGAAUCCCAAAAACUGGAUUCUUUGAAAAUGAAAAAAACAGAAUUUGAUAGGGUUUUCAAGUAUGAGUUUGAUGAUGAAAAUUGGAAUCCAAAUUACAUGAUGCCAGAACAUAUUGAUGAUCUGAAAACCAUCAGAGAGUUCCGCAAUGUGUUUGAUGCUGAAGUUCAAAAACUUGAUACCGAUAGAUUUCAACUGGGAACAGAAAUUGCAACCACAGGUGAUAAUUCAUGGCCUUUGCCUGUUAACUUGAAGAGGCUUAUCCAGAACGCACAAAAGACUUUCAAGAUUGAUUACCGCAGGACAUCUGAUAUGCAUCCAAUGGAAAUAGUCGAAGCUAUUGAUAAGCUUCAGGAGAGGCUGAAAGUUGUUCCUGGUGACGACUUGUUGAGUGUAGAAGCUCAAAAGAAUGCUACACUCUUCUUCAACAUUUUGCUUCGAAGCACUUUUGCUAGCAAAAGGGUGCUGGAAGAGUAUAGGCUCACUCGUGAAGCAUUUGAAUGGGUUAUUGGUGAGAUAGAGUCACGCUUCUUACAAUCACUGGUAGCACCUGGAGAAAUGAUUGGAUGUGUUGCUGCACAAUCUAUUGGUGAACCUGCCACUCAGAUGACUCUUAAUACCUUCCACUAUGCUGGUGUGAGUGCAAAGAAUGUGACACUUGGUGUUCCCAGGUUGCGAGAAAUCAUUAAUGUGGCUAAAAGGAUUAAAACACCAUCUCUCUCUGUCUACUUAAAACCUGAAGCUAAUAAAACGAAGGAGAGAGCCAAAAAUGUUCAGUGUGCUUUGGAAUACACCACUCUGCGGAGUGUAACUCAAGCUACAGAAGUAUGGUAUGAUCCGGAUCCCACAAGCACACUGAUAGAGGAGGAUGUUGAUUUUGUCAGAUCUUACUAUGAAAUGCCAGAUGAAGAGAUCAACCCUGACAAAAUUUCUCCCUGGUUGCUUCGCAUAGAGUUGAAUCGUGAAAUGAUGGUGGAUAAGAAGUUAAGCAUGGCCGACAUUGCUGAGAAGAUCAACCUUGAAUUUGAUGAUGAUUUGACUUGCAUAUUCAAUGAUGAUAAUGCUGAAAAACUUAUCCUUCGAAUUCGUAUCAUGAAUGAUGAGUCUCCAAAAGGGGACAUGAAUGAUGAGUCUGCUGAAGAUGAUGUUUUCUUGAAGAAGAUUGAGAGUAACAUGCUGACAGAAAUGGCACUCCGUGGUAUUCCAGAUAUUAACAAGGUGUUUAUAAAGAACGGUAAAGUAAACAAAUUUGAUGAGAUUGAGGGAUUUAAACCAGAGACUGAGUGGAUGCUGGAUACAGAAGGAGUUAAUCUUUUAGCUGUCAUGUGCCAUGAAGAUGUUGAUGCAAGGAGGACAACAAGUAAUCACUUGAUUGAAGUUAUUGAGGUUCUUGGAAUUGAGGCGGUUCGUCGCUCACUAUUGGAUGAAUUGCGUGUUGUUAUAUCUUUUGAUGGAUCAUAUGUGAACUACCGGCAUCUGGCUAUCCUUUGUGACACCAUGACCUAUCGUGGCCACUUGAUGGCCAUUACUCGUCAUGGUAUUAAUCGGAAUGACACUGGACCAAUGAUGCGAUGCUCAUUUGAAGAAACUGUGGACAUUCUUCUCGAUGCUGCGGUGUAUGCUGAAAGAGAUUACUUGAGGGGUGUAACUGAGAAUAUUAUGUUAGGUCAGCUUGCACCAAUUGGCACAGGAGAUUGUUCUCUUUAUCUCAAUGAUGAGAUGUUGAAGAAUGCUAUUGAACUCCAGCUACCUAGUUACAUGGAUGGUCUUGAUUUUGGCAUGACACCAUCUCGUUCUCCAGUCUCGGGAACUCCAUAUCAUGAGGGUUUGAUGUCCCCGAGCUAUCUAUUGAGUCCAAAUCUUCGUUUGUCACCCAUCUCAGAUGCCCAAUUUUCUCCAUAUGUUGGAGGAAUGGCCUUUUCUCCUACUUCCUCUCCUGGCUAUAGUCCAUCAUCGCCAGGCUACAGUCCAUCAUCUCCCGGAUAUAGUCCUACUUCUCCUGGUUAUAGCCCUACAUCACCUGGCUACAGUCCCACCUCUCCUGGCUAUAGUCCCACUUCCCCAACCUAUAGUCCUAGUUCACCGGGUUAUAGUCCAACAAGUCCUGCCUAUUCUCCUACUAGUCCAUCGUAUUCUCCCACCUCACCCAGUUAUAGUCCAACCUCUCCGAGCUACAGUCCAACAUCUCCCAGUUACAGCCCCACAUCUCCUAGUUACAGCCCCACAUCUCCAAGUUAUAGUCCGACAUCUCCUGCAUACAGCCCAACUUCGCCUGCAUAUAGUCCAACUUCCCCUGCAUAUAGUCCUACAUCACCAUCCUAUAGCCCUACUUCUCCUUCAUACAGCCCAACAUCACCUUCGUACAGUCCCACAUCUCCGUCUUACAGCCCCACAUCUCCAUCUUAUAGCCCUACAUCUCCGUCUUACAGCCCUACCUCGCCAGCCUAUAGUCCCACUUCUCCUGGUUAUAGUCCAACUUCACCAAGUUAUAGCCCAACCUCACCCAGCUACAGCCCGACAUCUCCAAGUUACAACCCUCAAUCGGCAAAAUACAGCCCUUCACUGGCAUAUUCUCCAAGCAGUCCAAGAUUAUCCCCAUCUAGCCCUUAUAGUCCUACAUCUCCAAAUUAUAGCCCAACUUCACCAUCAUAUUCACCCACAUCUCCAUCUUAUUCUCCUUCAAGCCCCACGUACAGCCCCAGCAGCCCAUAUAACUCUGGAGUAAGCCCGGAUUAUAGCCCAAGUUCUCCGCAAUAUAGUCCAAGUGCAGGGUACUCGCCCAGUCAACCAGGGUACUCACCGUCAUCAACCAGCCAAUAUACCCCACAAACAAGUGAGAAAGAUGAUAAAGAUGACCGGAGUACUCGCUGAGGCUUGUGACUAUUUAGUAGAUUGAGACAUUGUAAAGAUUUGGUCUUGUCGGACUUUUUAAGUACAAUCACUUCGUGGGGUGGCAAAUAUCGCCACUGGAGAAAACCGCUCCCACAUUAUCCGAUGUUAAAUUUUCUUCGAGGACAAUGUUAUCGUUUCAGAUACAACUACCUAACUUCUUUUUUUUUUUUUUAAAAAAAAAAAAGAAAACUUGUGCUGUAAACCCAAUUUUUUUUUUUUUUUCCCUUUUAAAGAAAAAAGUAUUUUGUAAUACAAAUUAUAAACAGCGGGUAUCAUGGUGGUAUAGUUUAUGUGAUCAUGAAAUUAUCUUUUAAUUUCUA